AUGGCCAUUAAACUUCAGAAGUUUGUGCUUCAUGAUGAAGAACUGAAGGCCCAGAGUUGUUGGGUAGUACCCGGAUAUAAGGAAUGGCUGGGGACUACGGGGGACAGAUGCACCACUAUGAGGGAGCGGAGGCUCUGUAUAUGGUGUAUCCGCCAUUCUCUGGAUCCCACAGGCUACCCAUGCUCAAGUGAAGGGAUCAGGCGCCUAUGUUGCACAGGAGUGGAUCUGAGAAAGCCACGAAGGCCUCAUCUGGUUCAGGUGUCUAAGGUUGCAGAGAGCCUCUUGGUCACUGCCAGGGACCAGCACCACUCUGUGGACCUCUGGGACCAAACUGAUUAUAUUUUUUUUUUAAUUUCAGUGUGUGCAGAAGCUUACAAUCCUGAUGAGGAAGAGGAUGACACAGAAUCUAGGAUUAUUCACCCUAAAACAGAUGAUCAAAGAAACAGACUGCAGGAGGCGUGCAAGGACAUUCUUCUUUUUAAGAACCUAGAUCCGGAACAGAUGUCUCAGGUGUUAGAUGCAAUGUUUGAAAAGCUGGUUGAAGGAGGGGAACACGUCAUUGAUCAAGGGGACGACGGUGACAACUUCUACGUCAUUGAUAGGGGUACAUAUGAUAUUUAUGUAAAGUGCGAUGGUGUUGGGAGGUGUGUUGGAACCUACGAUAACCGAGGAAGUUUUGGUGAGUUGGCCUUAAUGUACAAUACACCCAGAGCAGCUACAAUUAUAGCUACCUCUCCUGGUGCCAUCUGGGGUUUGGACAGGGUAACAUUCCGAAGAAUCAUUGUAAAAAAUAAUGCCAAAAAGAGAAGAAUGUAUGAAAAUUUUAUUGAGUCGUUGCCAUUCCUUAAAUCUUUAGAAGUAUCUGAGCGUCUAAAAGUGGUUGAUGUGAUUGGCACCAAAGUGUACAAAGAUGGAGAACAAAUCAUUGCUCAGGGUGACUUGGCUGAUUCUUUCUUCAUUGUGGAAUCUGGAGAAGUAAGGAUUAUAAUGACAAGGAAGGGUAAACAAGAUGUAGAAGAGAAUGGAGCAGUUGAAAUAGCUCGAUGCUCAAGAGGACAAUAUUUCGGAGAACUCGCUCUUGUAACUAACAAACCACGAGCUGCUUCUGCAUUUGCUCUUGGCACUGUCAAAUGUUUAGUUAUGGAUGUGCAGGCAUUUGAAAGGCUUUUGGGACCUUGUAUGGAAAUUCUGAAAAGGAACAUUGCAAACUACGAAGAGCAGCUAGUUGCUCUGUUUGGAACAAACAUGGACAUUGCCGAUCCCAGUGCAUGAACUAAACAUUGGAGCAACAAGAUCUGUUAUGAGAAUAUAGCACAGUAGUGGUUAGUCCACUGAGCAAUUGUCUCUCUUCCUAUAGAUGCCAAGCAUUUUCUGUGAUUUUAAGAGUGGGUUUGGGGGUAUUUUUUGG